ACCAGAACCAAACACUAUUACAUUUAAAUAACACUUGUAUAUAACGCAAAAUGUAAAUUUGAUUUAGUGUAGAAGUGAAGAUAAUAUAAAAUGAGACAUCAAUAAAAAUUACAUAAACUCUAAAAAAGAAAUAUCCGAUUCGCAGGUGAAGAACGUCGACGAGUGCACCAUGAAUCCCAUAGCUACCAAGGUUGCCGUCAUCGGCGCCGGAAUUUCAGGAGCUGUUUGCGCUUCCAGUUUGGCCAAAAAUGGGAUUUCAGUAACCAUCUUCGAAUCCGCUAGAGGCCCAGGUGGUCGAAUGUCUCGGAGAAGGGAAACUUCUGAAGAUGAAAGGGAAUUGUAUUUUGACCACGGCGCACCUUAUUUUACUUCAACAAACAACGACGUGGAGGAGAUGAUUAGGGGUUGGGAAGCAAGGGGUCUUGUCGCUGAAUGGAAACAGAAUUUUGGGUCAUUUGAUUUCAAUACUAAAAAAUUUGUCAACUUCGAAAAGGAAGGAUUAAGCAAGAAAUAUGUGGGCAUCCCUGGAAUGAAUUCUAUAUGCAGAGCUUUAUGCCAAGAACCUGGUAUAGAGAGUAAAUUUGGGGUUAUGGUUGGGAGAUUGGAGUGGUUGGAGAAUGAGGAUUCAUGGAGUUUAACAGAUGUGAAUGGAAAAGAUCUUGGAAUGUUUAAUGGAGUUGUAGCAUCAGAUAAAAGCACAUUUUCUCAAAGGUUUACACAAGUCACUGGGAAACCACCUCCACUUGACUUGAAUGUGAUACCGGAGAUUUCUGACAAGAUUAAAGACGUUUCUGUUAAACCAUGUUUCGCUCUCAUGUUGGCAUUUCAAAAUCCCUUGUCUUCAAUACCACUUAAGGGUUUCUCAAUUGAAAAUUCUGAACUACUUAGCUGGGCAACCUGUGACAGCUGUAAGCCUGGACGUUCUACCUCCAGUGAAAGGUGGGUAUUGCGAUCAACAGAUAAGUAUGCAGAGGGUAUAAUUGGAAAAGCAGGACUAGAAAAACCUUCAAAUGCAGCAUUAGCAGAAAUCGCUGAACAACUAUUUCAAGAAUUUCAGAGGACUGGACUUGAUGUCUCUCUGCCAUUUUUCAAGAAAGCCCAUAGAUGGGGAAGUGCUUUUCCAGCAACAAGCAUAGCAAGAGAUGAAAAAUGCAUUUGGGAUAGAAGAAAGAAACUGGCAAUUUGUGGAGAUUUUUGUGUGAGCCCAAAUGUUGAAGGUGCAAUUUCAAGUGGAUUGGCUGCUGCCUCUAUGUUUUCUGAAUCUUUCAGUUGUUUAUAGUGCAACAAAGAUUCUCAUUUCUUUCUUUUCCAGGAGUUAUUAAAUAAAUAUGCCAUAUGCCAUGUUUGUUAACGUUGCAUAUACUUUAUAAAUGAACCGGUUGUUGUAUUGAAACGAAUAUCACAUCCACUUAUUCAUCUAUACUGUAGAGGGGUCAGUUCAUAAAGAAAAGUAGACUAAAACACAACUGAUUUACAAGUUUGGAUUGUGAUUGAUUUUGUGAGAUGUGGAAUCUUUUAAUUGGGA